CAAACAUCAAAAACCGUCAUUCAAGUUUCAUUUUUUAAAUGAUUUCAUCACAAAUUUGAGCUAUGGAUAACAUGGAAAUAGUAGGCUUGGAAAAUCAGUAUCUGUUAGAGGAUUUUAUGCUUAUGUCUACCCCACAGUAUUUUCCAUGGAUGACUGGGGUCAUUAGUUUUAGUGACAUUCUCUUUUUGGUUGUGGGUUUUUUGUUUGCUUGUUAUGGAGUGCUUUCUUUGAGGCAUUUAUUGCUAUAUUUAUUCUUUGUCACUUGUCAGAGAGGUAGUGAUCGUGUCAUUCUGCUGAAAGUGGGAGAAACAGCGUUUUCCUUUUCAGAAAAACCCCAUAGUGUUUUGACCCUACAGGACGCUACAAAUCCGACCUGCCCAGCUGUGGCGCGUUGCACGAUGGGAUUUGUAGUCCUUGCUGUGAGUCCUGAAAGAGCAAACCCUCCAUCAGCUUCAUGGGAGCGAAAUUCUGCUUCCCAAAAAGUUUCGUUAGAGACGCAGAAAUUAUAAAUAAUAUUUAUUUUUUUCUAAAUCGAAUCUGAGUAAUUUUCAUUCAGUCGCAAAAACAAAUAAAUCUAGGAGCGGAUUAUGUAACUGACAGGACCGGUUUGUUCCGGGUCACUGCUCCCGUGGUUCCUCCUUGCUAAGAUGUCGGCCGCUAUCGCCGCGCUCGCGUCCUACGGUGUCUCCGACUCUGGCUCCGACUCGGGCUCGGACACUGAGGGAAGCUCCCGCCGCUCGGCGCUGGAAGCCAGCCGGGACGCGGUGCUGCAUCUCGCUUCACCGGCCCCUACCCCGCAGGCCUUGGCGGUGGACUCGGCCCCGGAGGUGGCUGUGAAGGAAGAUGUAGAGACGGGAGUCCACCUCGAUCCUGCAAUCAAGGAAGUUCAGUACAAUCCCACUUACGACACCAUGUUUGCACCAGAGUUUGGUCCAGAAAACCCGUUUAGGACUCAGCAGAUGGCUGCACCUAGGAAUAUGCUUUCUGGAUAUGCAGAACCAACACACAUCAAUGAUUUCAUGUUUGAACAACAGAGAAGAACAUUUGCAACUUAUGGUUAUGCAUUAGAUCCCUCUCUAGAUACUCAGGACGUUGCUACUAAAUACAUUGGUUCUGUAGAAGAAGCUGAAAAAAAUCAAGGUUUAACAGUAUUUGAAACAGGACAAAAGAAAAUAGAAAAAAGGAAGAAAUUCAAGGAGAAUGAUGCAUCUAAUAUUGAUGGCUUCUUGGGACCAUGGGCAAAAUAUGUGGAUGAGAAAGAAGUAGCAAAGCCCUCAGAAGAAGAGCAGAAAGAGUUGGAUGAAAUAACAGCAAAGAGGCAGAAGAAAGGCAAACACGAAGAUGAUAAACCUGGCGAGGAGAAGACUAUCUUACAUGUCAAAGAAAUGUAUGACUACCAGGGAAGAUCCUAUCUUCAUGUUCCUCAAGAUGUUGGCGUUAAUCUCCGUUCUACAGUGCCCCCUGAGAAAUGCUAUCUCCCAAAGAAACAGCUCCAUGUAUGGUCUGGACAUACAAAGGGUGUCAGUGCAGUCAGGUUGUUUCCACUCUCUGGCCACAUAUUGCUAUCUUGCUCCAUGGACUGUAAAAUUAAACUAUGGGAAGUAUACGGUGAACGAAGAUGCUUACGAACAUUUAUUGGGCACAGUAAAGCAGUUCGAGACAUCUGCUUUAACAAUGCUGGAACUCAGUUUCUUAGUGCAGCAUAUGACCGGUAUCUUAAACUCUGGGACACUGAAACAGGGCAAUGUGUUUCCAGGUUCACAAACAGGAAGGUUCCAUACUGUGUCAAAUUCAAUCCUGAUGAAGAUAAACAAAGUCUUUUUGUGGCAGGAAUGUCAGAUAAAAAAAUUGUACAGUGGGACAUUCGAAGUGGGGAGAUUGUGCAGGAGUACGAUAGGCAUUUGGGAGCUGUCAACACCAUUGUGUUUGUGGAUGAGAAUAGACGGUUUGUGAGUACAUCUGAUGACAAGAGUUUAAGAGUCUGGGAAUGGGACAUUCCUGUCGAUUUCAAGUACAUCGCAGAGCCAAGUAUGCACUCGAUGCCUGCAGUCACCUUGUCUCCAAAUGGAAAAUGGCUGGCUUGUCAAUCAAUGGAUAAUCAGAUUUUGAUUUUUGGAGCUCAGAACAGAUUCAGAUUAAACAAAAAGAAAAUCUUCAAGGGUCACAUGGUGGCAGGUUAUGCUUGUCAAGUUGAUUUUUCACCUGACAUGAGCUAUGUGAUAUCAGGUGAUGCAGAUGGAAAACUUAACAUCUGGGACUGGAAGACCACAAAACUCUACAGUAGGUUAAAGGCACAUGACAAAGUUUGUAUAGGCGCAGUCUGGCAUCCACAUGAAACAUCUAAGGUCAUCACCUGUGGCUGGGAUGGUCUUAUUAAAUUGUGGGACUGAAGUGGGUACUGCAAGGAACUAAAUUUUGGUAAGACUUUUUGUGAACAUCUGAGAUUGCUAAACAUGAACUCUGCUGAGGAUGGUUUGAUUUGAACUUCCAGCUGUUUUCGGGUUCUUCACUAUUAAAGUACACUGUGCACUCUUGGAAAUGAGAUCUCCCAGGCAGAAGACUCAGCUGAAAGGCUACUCUUCUAAGUAUGACUUCGAGGUUUGUGAGAAGCUGAGAACAGUCAUGUGAAGUGGCCAGAAAUAAAUAUUAAUUUGAUAAGUUA